GACUCAGUCGGUGAGCAGUCGGUGUGUGUCAAACAUAGGGGAAAGCUCGACUUAUUGCUUUCGCCCACGUGUAACUGAAUAAUAAAAACUUUCUAUUUUAUUCGGUUUUAUACAAAAAAAGUAGGAGUGAGUUGAAAAUGAGAAAAUACGCGUUAACCGUUACGAAGAACUCUACCCGGUUGCACUACGCCAAACUAUAGUUUCAGCUGAUUGGUUAUGUUCGCUGUCGACAAUUUGUGACUAGAUGCGUGACGAUGAACACGUAGCUGCCAAGCUGAGCUUCUUUCCAAGUCUUAUGCGUCAGUUGACGCUAGUCUUGCAUCUAGUCGUGCUAGGUCUUGCGAAAACAAAAUAAAAGUGGCACUUCUCUCAUUUUGGAGAGAAGAUUUUUAAUGGUCUGUGAUCAACGCGACUACGAUGAGACUCAAGUGCAAUGUACUUCUCGUCUUCUUGCUCUCCGCGAGUGUGGCGCAAUGCAAUUAUUUCGGGUCCAACGCCGCCAAGAAUGACAAGUGUUUUUGCAAGCUUAAAGGAUCCAUUGGCGACUGUAGUUGUACAUUCGACACAGUGGAUUACUUCAAUAACAUGAAAAUCUACCCCAGACUCCAAAGUCUUCUUGUCAGAGAUUACUUUCGAUUUUACAAAGUGAAUUUGAAGCAAGAAUGUCCAUUUUGGGCUGACGAUAGCAAAUGUGCUAUCCUCUACUGCCACGUUCAACCCUGUCUGGAUGAAGACAUUCCAGUCGGAUUGAAAGGUGAAAUCCCACAUCACAUUCACAUGAAUGAAAGUCCUGCGGACAAAUACAGUGCAGAUUCACAGCUCAGUAAUUGUCAGCAAACGGCAAGAGACCAUAACGCUGAAUUAGGUUACUUAAAUACGACAAUCAGCUCUGAGAAUUACAAAGAAUUUGAGCGAUGGAAGCAGCACGACGAUGCACAGGACAAUUUCUGUAUGAAGGAAGAGAACCAAGGAGAGUAUGUAGAUUUGUUACUUAACCCAGAGAGAUAUACUGGAUACAAAGGACCAAGCGCGCACAGAAUAUGGCGAAGUAUUUAUAUGGAAAAUUGCUUUAGGCCCGAGAAUUCGCCUCACAUCUUCAUUCAAACUUCUAAAAUGAAGGGUAUGUGUUUAGAGAAAAGGGCAUUCUAUAGAGUAAUAUCUGGACUACACUCUAGUAUAAACAUCCACUUGUGCUCGAAAUUUCUACUAUCCGCACAAGAGGGUAUGAACGUCGUCUCACCCGGUGGGCAGUGGGGACCGAAUUUAGAGGAACUACAAAGAAGAUUUUCUCCCGAGACGACGGGAAAUGAAGGGCCAAGUUGGCUCAAGAAUUUGUACUUUUUGUAUCUACUCGAAUUGCGAGCUUUGGCAAAGGCAGCGCCUUAUUUACACAGAGAAGAAUAUUAUACAGGCACAGAAGUUGAAGACGAAGACACCAGACUCGCUGUGAAAGACUUCCUGACCGUCGUUGAGGCGUUUCCAGGACACUUUAAUGAAAGUUUCAUGUUCAGUGGAGGUGUGCAGGCACAGCUACUAAAAGAAGAGUUCAGGCAACACUUCAUAAAUAUCUCUCGCAUAAUGGAUUGCGUGGGAUGCGAAAAAUGCAAAUUGUGGGGAAAGUUGCAAGUACACGGAAUCGGGACAGCACUCAAGAUUCUCUUUUCGGGAAAGUUCGAUAAGUGGGAACACACAGUGACCGCGACGAACAGAAAGCAGUUUUACUUAGAAAGAAGUGAGAUCGUCGCACUCGUAAACGGUUUCGGAAGGUUAUCAGAAAGUAUAUAUGAGUUGGACAGGUUCCGACAAAUGAUGAGGUAGUACUAAAUCCGAAUCUAGAGAAACGAUACAUUCUUUUUCCAGUACCAGUACAUCACAUUAGCUUUAAGCCUAGACUAUUCUAUUCAGGUAUUGUUUACGUUUUAGUUCUAGAAUUUGGUACUUUUUUAAUUCAAAUACUGCGAAAUGGUAUAGAAAAAUCUAUCAUUACAUAAUCUACAAAAAGGGAACUAAUUCUUCAAUCUUAUAUCUGAAUGCAGAUACAUCAUUUUUUUCAUGCAUUUCAUUAGUUUUGUAAUUAAAAAUUGUUUAUGUUCUUUUGUGGUAGGUUUUUCGAUACGAAUUUACUCCGGCACCUAACUUUAUCUGUGAUAAAAAAUAUCCCUGUAAUUAUAAGAACACUGCACUCUCUGUCUUUUCAUAAAGUGGAAUUAUGUCAAUACCGAGGAUUGAUUCCAAUUAACUUUUUUUUUUAUACUCUAUGGACUUUGAGAAAGAAUGGUCUGCUGUGUAUGUAUAUUACAUCGACAUAUAUUUUUUAUUCGACUGUAUUUCCUCGUUUUUCAAGUUGCACGAGAAAUCUUAAAAUGAAUAGUGAAGUACUAAACCUUUUUGAUAUUGAUUGAUUGACCAAAUGUAUUAUAGGUGGGAAGGAGAAAAAGGUGAAUUUGUUUACUUAAAGGUCGUCCUUUCCUAAAUACCUUACAAUUAGUGCAAUUAAUAAGGUAUCUUUAGAUGCAUUCUCGAUAUUAUACUAUUGUCAGAUUGGAAAUUAUUGACACAAAGUUUUUGUAAAUAUCAUUAAACUAGGUAAUAUUUUAUCUUUAUUUUUCUAAAUUUCUUGCGAAAAAAUCAGAUCUUUGAAAAAAAUAGCCUUGUUAUGAUUUUAAGAAUCAAAAUAAUGUUACUGAUAAAGGAAUUUAAAUAAAAAUAUUCUUUUUAUUGAAAAAAUGGUCAAAGUUAAAAAAAAAUAUAUGUUUUAACAAUAUUUUUUUGCAAUUGCAUUCUUUUACCAUCGCUUUUUAACCAUUGCUUUAAAAGCAUGGCUUAUUUUUUCGGGAAGAGCAUUCUCUUCUACUCAAAUGUUUCCAAUUUGAAAGUAAAUUGUCCUAUGUCUGAUAUUGCUAUAAGAAUUUUGUUAAAGAACAUAUUUUUUUAAACAAGUAACUAUAUUUGAAGAUUAUUCACAUUUAUUAAGAAAAUUAAAAACAGUAAAGUUGUAGGGAAUGUUUUCUCUGAAUAAAUAAGCCACAAUGUAUUAAAAUUGCAUCAGUUUUCAAAAAUUGGUAAGAAGGGACAGUGAGAAAAAAUUGUAUUGUAAAAUCUAUUGUUAAAAUAAUUAUUUUUCGUUUAGAUACCUUAUUUUGAGUACGACAACUACUUUAAUGUGACGAAAGUAGGAUUUCGGCACUAAAUAAUCGUUUCCAACUACGAUUUUAUUUAUUAUGAUAUGUCUUUGAUAUUUAAAAGUUUGUUUGUGAAAAUGGUGAGAGAAUUUUAAUGCAUUUAGACUCAGAUUUGUAUUGUGAGGAUUUUAUUAGAGUUCAGAAUUUAUAUUUAUAAAGAUCAGAUUUUGUAUUUUGUGAGUGAAGUGUAUUUAUAUUAUUUUCUGAAAGUUUGAUUGAUAAUUUGAUAUGACGAUUAUUUGGAAUGUGUAUCUUGUUAUGAAAAAAUAUACAGGAAUUCUAGACA